AUGUCGCAACUAAUUUUGCAUAAUGCUCCGUUCCUAGCGAACAACUAUGACGACCUCAAGUCGUUGGGAUUUUUGCUCGUAACGACCAUCCUAUGUGGUUAUCUGGUCUACCAAUGGGCACUCCCGAAGCCUAUCCCAGGCAUCCCACACAACAAGGCCUCAGCGCGCCGGCUGCUGGGCGACAUCCCCGAUCUGAUCGAAACGACUUCGAGUUCAGAUUUAACCUUGCUCAACUGGAUGCAUAAUCGGGUUGCGGCCCACAACUCGCCCAUUAUUCAGGUCUUCCUCCGCCCGUUUGGAAAACCGUUCGUAGUGGUCGCCGAUUUCCGUGAGGCGCAGGACGUGAACAUGCGCCGCAAGGAGUUUGACCGUUCUCCCAUCAUGCAUGAGUUCUUUAAGGGCAUCAUACCGAACCACCACAUCCACGAGCAGACCAACGCUGUCUGGAAAGCCCACCGACGGCUCCUUCAGGACCUUAUGUCUCCUCCUUUCCUAAAUAAAGUGGCAGCCCCGGCGAUUUACACUGACGCAUCAAAUCUGAUCCGUCUGUGGGAACUCAAGGCUAGCAUCGCUGAUGGCAGGCCAUUCGAGAUCACCAAGGACGUCCAUGAGGCUGUACUGGACGCCGUCCUUGGCUUCGCCUUCGGACCAUCGUUGAAGGCUCGAGCUACGCUGCCUAAUGCUGAGCUUCUCGGUGGGUUGAGUACCGAGGAGAUCCAGAAAGUGCGUGGAGAAGACCACUUGACUAGCGGCGAUGCACAAAUAUCGUUCCCGAAGGCUUCACCAGACGACCUGAUUAGAACACUCUUGGACAGCACGGACUCUUUGGCUGACAUCCACGGAAGCCCUGUGCCUCAGCUGAGAUGGCACCUCGUGACGAAGUGGAAACCACGUUUCCGACGCGCCCUCAGAAUGAAGAAUAGGAUUCUCGCCCAAGAGCUUCAGAAGGCCGUGGAGAGGAUGGGCAGUGCGCAUUCCGGUGCGCGGUCCGCGGUGGAGCACAUGAUUGAGAGGGAACGGAAGCUAGCAGAAAACGACGGCAGAGCCCCCGAAUACGUCUCUCCCGUCAUGGUAGAUGAGACAUUUGGUUUCAUCGUGGCUGGACAUGAUACGAGCAGUACGGAGAUAUCUUGGGCCUUUAAGAUAUUGGCCGAUCAUCCCAAACCUCAAACUCGCCUCCGGUCGAAACUGCAAGCUGCCUAUACGAAAGCCGUCAAGGAGAAUCGCAGCCCGUCAAUCGCCGAGAUUACCGGUUUGCAAAUCCCUUACCUCGACGCUAUAAUCGAGGAGUUGCUUCGAUAUUCCGGCACCGUACCUAUGGUAGAUCGCCAGGCUAUAAACGAUACGGAGAUUCUAGGCUUCCCUGUGCCUAAAGGAACUACUGUUACCUUCCUCUCUAUGGGACCUAGUAUGAUGAGCCCCGGGUUUGAGGUCGACGAAAGCAAACGUAGCGAAAGUAGCCAGAAUGCUAUGAGAGACGGCAAGGGCCGUGCCUGGGAUCCCAACGAUAUCGGCCUCUUUAAGCCAGAGCGGUGGCUCGUUCCCACACCCUCCGGUAAUAAGAAGGGCGGAGACGAAAGUUGGCAAUUUGAUGCCACUGCUGGGCCGCAACUCGCUUUCGGGCUCGGCACUAGAAGCUGCUACGGGAAACGUUUAGCGUAUGUCGAGUUGCGAGUCUUACUCACUCUGGUUAUCUGGAAUUUUGUGCUUUUGCCGUGUCCUAAGAAGCUGUCGGGCUAUGCGGCAGUUGCUGGCAUAACACAUCGGCCGACUCAGUGCUUUGUGCGGUUGCGAAAAGUUGAACUCAAAUGA